AUGGUCGAUAUGCAUGCUCCGGAAUUGUCAUUCACCGAAUUGAAUUUUCUGCUUCGAACGGCUACCGUAUGUUCCACAGAUGCGGAAGCGACGUUGCUCGAGCACGGCGAAGCUCUUUUUCGAGCUCUUGCUCAACAGCAAGCGAAGAGAGAAACCGGGAACACAGAGACUAUUGCAUAUCGACGUGCAGCCCCAAGCACCAGGACGCACCCGAAACCUACACCGUCAGAGUUAUCUUGCAUCGAAGCGCUUGAACAGCACUUUGCCAUCCCCAUGCAGGAAGCGGCAUUGCUCCUUCGAGACUUUUUGCAUGAUGCAAAGGGUGGAGGAGUUUCUGCUUUCUUGGAUCAUCGCUUUACCCUUGCAGAUAUCGCCCCUAUGCUGGUUAUUGAAGACUACAAGGUCAUGGAAAAUCGAAAUGCAUUCUUGACCCUUGUUACCAUAUGUGCGGGAGCGUCGCAGAGAAGUACGCAUCCAUACAAAUACAUUUUUGCUUCGUUUUUGUCGAAGAAUGCAGAAAGAGUAAAGGCAACAGUUCUAAAGGGAGCAGAAGUUGCUUUACAUGGAGUUGAAGAUAGCGCAGGAAACAACCUGGCAGUUGUUGGGGAGAAUUGGUGGUUCCUGGAGUUGCUUUUUGCAUACUGUCUGCACAAUCCUUUGAUGCCAUCCGACAGGGACAGGCUCCUCCAGACGUACCUGAGCGCUUUGAAGAAAGGUUCUGGUACUCUCAUGCAACAAGCUUCGGAUUCGAAAGGGCCCACCAUUGAUCUUGGCGGAGCCGAGGCCACAGCACUUUUUGUUGCAUCUAUUAAUUUGUCGAACUGCCUUGCUGUUGUCGUUCAAGAAGAAAACGAACACAUGGACACGGGUGUGGGACAUCGCGUUGAAGGCCUCUCCUUUUCCGGAGAAAAAGAUGCCAUGGUCCGAGUAAACGCGUCCAUGCUGUCUAUGAGGGAUUAUCAGUCAGCGGAGAUUGGAAUAUUAUCUUUAUCUUGGGCGUCGUUCCUUAAUCUUCGCGAGUCCAUUUUCUCAGGAAGAGGGAACUGGGAAACUGAAAAUGAUGUUGCAAAACGGGUCGAGGUGAUGUUUGAUCCAGCCGGGCAUAUGUCUUUCGCUUUAGAGAGGAACGUUUUUUCGAGCCUGCGGGACCUCGCCCAGCUUCAGCUACAAGUCGACGAAUUGAUCACUGGAGAAUUGUACCGAUGUCUUUGGGUAGAUAUGAUCGCGUUCCUAACGGCUUUUCCACCGCAAAACUUUACUCAAGCACAAGUAGAGGAUGUUGUUGAGUUAACUACGGCUUUAUUGAGCAGAACUGACCAUGGGACCUGGGUGGACACUGCUGAGAGCAUUUGGGAGCGCGAAGGGACUAGCUCGGCGGACAAAGGAGCGAACGUCCUUCUCAGGCUGGCUUCUGGCGUAUUUCCGCAAAGCUUUCGUCCUCUGGUUUCUCUUCUUUCAGCCCUGGCCCCCAACCGAGGUAGCGCGGAGCGUGUACGUGAUUUCCUUGAAAAUCGCCUUGAGUCACUAACCGAACACAGUGAAGUGUAUCAGGAUGCCCUUAUUGUCCUCGAUGGGGAGAAGGAUUUUCCAACUGGUGAGUCUGGGGGUCUUAGGAAUGCCUCUGGCUAUGAAGAACAUAUGCGAAAGCUCAGUUGUCUUUGCAUUGAUGAGGAUGAACUUGUCUACAUUCAGGCAGGAGAAGACAUUCCGUCGGAUGUCUACCGCCGGGAGAUUAAGAGGGGAACAUUAGGAGUGUCGAAUACAUCGAUGUCUGUUGUUACGUGGAUAACUGAGUGGAACGGUUUUCAAGCUCUGAACUACAUUCUGCGCUUCUUUCUUCGUCUGUUGAGGGAACAUGAAGCGAGCUCAAGUUAUGAAAAUGAUGUGCUAAGUGAACUUCUUCUAUCGACGCUCGACUGUUUCAAACUGUUUGAUAGGCUCUGCCGAUCUGGGUCGAAAAAGCUUCGUUCUUUUCUGGCCAAGGACGAGGAGCGACUAUCUGUGAUAUCAAACAUAGUCGCGGAGCUCCUGGACCCAGGUGAUUGGGCCCGGGGAUCGUGGCUUACCAGGAAGCGUCGAGAAGUUCUAUUGACUGCGUCGACAGCUUGCGUAGCAUCAAUGACGAUGAAGUCUAACAGCCGAGCCCGUCACGCUCUAGAGCAAAUGAGCUCUUUCAAAAAUGAUCUGCCGCUCCAGGCCACUAUGUCGGCGUUGGGGGUAAGUGCGUUCCCAUCCGUAGCAGCCAUAUCACGGGUGGCGGAAUUGUGCUCACAUAAUGGCACUUUAUCUGAAACUUUCAUGAUAAAGGCGUCGGACCCGUCAAGUUCAAAUGGUGGUCGGGUCCUGUCGGACUUACUCCAAUGCUUUCGUGGUGACGCCAAUGUUGUUUACCAAUUUUUGCGUGGUGUAGCUCUUCCAUUGUGGCUUACAACUUCCGUUGUGGUGGACGCCGACCCAGACACCAAGUCAUUGCAUUGGCUGCUUCCAGCAUGUAGCCUUCACCUUUUUUCCACACGCCCUAGUGAUAUCUUAAACGAUCCAGCUAUUUGCUCAGUGAUUGCUUCUGUUAUCACUGCUGCUGCCGGAUCAGGUAGUGGGUGUCACAGGCAGACGGAGGUUACGGAUACGUUUCUUUUCCCGGCUCUUCGUGCAGCUUUGGUUUCGUGCUACGAGGCAUUCUGUCACAGAAACGCAUUCCUUCAGAAUAGGAAAGCAGUCGACGGGAAGGUCGAUGAAAACAACGGGCAAGUGAAUUCUCCGACGAAUAACACCAUAGAGCUUACUGCACUCGAGAAGGUCUUCUUGAAGCUGGAUGUCAUCCAUGCUUUGGCCAUGAUGUCAUCGGGAUGUGCAGUAGGGUUGACGAGACGUAAGUUCUUCUCCAUGUGGGCCUCAUCCGAAUUCCAGGGGUUUCUUCCAGAUUCAGAAACAGACCGGUAUCUUUACUGGCAUUCGACAGAGAAAGAUGCACGUUCUGAAACUGUUUGUUCCUGGAAAGAGUGGGUGCAAGACAUGUGUGCGAGAUGUCUGUCAUUGCAUUUUUGUUGCCUUUCUCACAUGUCUGAGAGUGGAGAUAUCGUACAGGUUCCAUGGCCAACGAUGGAACGUAUAUCUCCCGGUUAUUGGCGUGGAGGCGGUCAGGGGAUUCGAGCGGGAUUUGCAGAUCGUAUUACAAGAGGCCGAUCUGUAGCAACCGUGGAGCUUCUCGUGACGGUGCUUUCUUGUGGCCAAAGGGCGGCUGCUCGGUCUCUGAUGGGGCCUAACAUCAGAAUAGCGUCCCGAAGCGAUGUCGGGGAUAUCCAAUUAGAGCAAACGAGCGGUAAGCCGCCUUCUUCGAGCAUGGUAGGACCAAAGGGGUCUGAGGAAAACGCAACGAUAUCUGCACCUGGAAAGGCAGAGGAAUCAAGAGAGUUUGAACACGAUAUUUUGGCAGCUGUAGCCUCACUUCUACGCGAGAGCAGGGAUGGGUGCGUGGAAACCAUGAGCAAAGCACAGGUCCGUGCUGAAAUGGGAAACAACACUACUCUCAAAGAAUUGGGGCAGAAGUCACUUUUAAUCGCGGCAUGUGUAAGGUUUUUGAAAGUAGGAUGGGAGUCGCAUAGCAACCUGUGGUUUCGCAAAGGUUGGGGAGACCGAAAAAUCUGGGAUCUGCUUUCUAGUUUGCUGCGGUGUGACGCUGGUCAAGGAGGAACUAAUGGAAAGGUAGACCUCGCCAAAACACUGCAUUCCUUUAACGAUUUCUUAUCUACGGAGAGAAUACGAACAUUGUCAGAACAACUACGGGUGUCUAGCAUCCCAAAAGUGGUGCUGAAGCAGAGUCUCACAGUUGACACUAUUGCAGCUUGGAAGUCUAUCACAGCAGAUUGCUUGCACAUAUUUGCUUUCGAAAUAUCUAUGCAGAUAAGCGAGGCACUAAUCGCUUCAUCGCCCAUCCCAUUUCAAAAUGACAAUUCUGAGAGUUCUGAUCGAAGGGAAAUGCGAGUUUCUGCUGAGGUAUUUCAGCGAGAGCCAUUCGCUCGGUUUGCGUCAGUUUUCACAGAGCGUUGGAUGCAUGUGCUACUGACGAUUGACGACGUCUAUUUGCGAGGAUGUGUAGCGUCAGGAGUUCAGACAUCGCAAGAUGCAAUGCAGAACGAUGUACAGCCGUUUACCCACACAGAUCAGCAUAUUGAAUCGAUCGAGGACCGAAUCCGGAAACUGUCGCUUUCGCUUGCGAGGGCGAUUGGUCUUAAUGAUGAGCAAGCUGAGUACUUUCCAAUUCUGAACGAUUUUAGAAGAACUGGGGAUGUUAAGACCAGGUUUGGAACUGACUACGAGUUUGAUGUUCCAGCAAUCCUGGCCUUUCUCGAAGCGCUUGAGAUUGAUAUUUACAGUUACAGGCACUUGAUUCUUGAGAUGCUUCUGCUAAACACUGAACUGAACAGGAAAGAUGUCCAGGUUGAAGUUAUUACCGCCUUCUCUGAAAUGGCCUCUGCUGUCCUUUUUGCCGAUGCCUUUGCCCCAAAUCAAAAUGCUGCCCUGACUUACUCGAGCCCUCAGUUUGGUGGGAAGCUUUGCCGAUUUUUAUCAAGAAUGCUAGUGUGUAUGAUGUCAUCCGUCGCCAAGUCAUGCCACACUAGUGCUAUAUCAGUCGAAACGGCAAAAUUGAUGGCUUCUUUAUCGGCAAGUUUAACAACGGAUGAGCUUCAGCACCCUGCCCUCACGUCGAUUCGGUUUCCUUCGCCACCGAAAUGUGCCCAGAAAGAAUGUUCCAUGAGUCCUGUUGCUCAAAUAUGUAUAUCGAUUACUCGCACCUUAGCUUGCACGCAAACAAGUUUGGAUCAUCCCCAAGUGGAUAGCAAGAGGCUAGAUACCGUGCGUUGGCUACUUUUAACGGUUGCAAGGCUUGCGACUGGUACAUCAUUUCGAAAUGCGGGAGAUUUUCAUGAGCUCGCGAAGUGUGCAACAGACUGUUUGAGGUUGAGCAAGCCCAUACCAUCUUUAUACAGUGCUGCAUCUGUUGCCAUUUGCUCAGUACCUGAAAACCAAUUGGAUGACAAGAUGACGGAUUUCCCAAUCAGUCCACGCUUUGACGCCGGCGCUAUCGAUACUGUUUGUGCGGCUGUUUCCGCUUUGGCACGAGAAAGUGGGAACAAAUCGUGGAAGACGGAAUGCGGCGUGGCUGCGUCUAGUCUUCUACUUGCAGUUUCGCACAUUCACUUGGUAACCCCGGGUCGUUCAGGAGCUGGGCAGUCAAAAAUUCUUCGACACUUGUGCGGAGGCAAUAUUCUAGCGUUUCUACCAGAUUCGGAGACCCCAAUAAGCACCUACGAUGAAAGACAGGACUCUCGAAAUAGCGCUCAUCUUUUAUGGUGUGCGUGCCUUCGAGUGGCGGGUAGAGUCAUUCCUAGCGGAGAUUGUCUCUGGGAAGGCAGCGCAGAUAGGGAGCAAAUCCUGCGAGACGUUCUGGAGUUCUGUUCAACAAGUCUCUUGCGAAUUUCUCGGGAUUCGCUUGAUCUCUCAGGUGACUGGCCGAUUGCAGGAUUCCCAUGCCCCACUGAAGAAGAAUACUAUCAGCAUGGCCAGCAAAGUGGAAGAAAAUACCCAAGCCUCGGAAGAAGUGAGGAGGCCGAGGCAGGGUGCUUUGCAAUUUUCAAGCUUUCGAGCUAUGGCUUGCAACUACAGGAGAAUUUGCCAGAACUGCUGCACAGGACUGUUACUGGUCUUCUACAAUUCGCCUAUCAAGUCUACAAAGUUAUUCGAGCUGAGCCAGUCGAACGAUCAGUGAGGCCAGUAACGCAACGUGAAAAAGAUCGAAGUCAGCUGUGGCGUGUUGACCGGGAUGACGCUGGGGUCCAUGCUUCAUACGUACCAAGUCCACUGCCAUGGACGGCGAGCCCUUCAAAGGCCGGUGGGCAUACGGCCAGUACACCCCCACGACGCUCACCAUCACAGGCUUUACGAGCAGCCAUUGGAGGCAGUGGUGGAAACGUCAGAGGGAGUCCAGGCGGUAUCAUUCCUCCUUCGCCCGGAGUGUUAACCCCAUUGUUCCAAUCCCCGCUUGUUAGUAGCGCUACUCCCCAUAACGGCAUUCAUCCUUCUCCUGGAUCGCCUUGGGGUCCAUACGGUUCUGGGAUAAUUACAGCAGGAGAUUUGUAUUUUGGAGAGGAAGCAUCGAGGUCACUACUUCGAGCUCUUGGGUUUGCUCUUGGUUCGCUCCGCCGUUUUGCUGAUGUGACAGAUGUAAUGCUGUUCAAACCGACGAUGGUAAUUUCGGGAAAUGAUGUUGGGUUGGGAUUGCUCGUGGCCUUGCAAUACCACGCAUGCGGUGAGAUUUACCGAGGAGCGCAAGAACCGCGAAGAUCCUAUCUACAAAACAUAAUUGACAAUGCUCUCCACAUGACGAUGUCACAUGUCCUGGCCUUCAAUGACAGGGGAUUGUUGACGCAGGGUGUUAAGGAUGAAAUUCGCAAGCGCGUAGCAACAGUCAGGUCACGAAUGCAGAAGGUUGCACCACCAGCCCCGGCCUAUUCCCUUAUUCAUGCUCCUGAGCUUGUGGAGUUUCUGUAUCAACUCAAACCCAACGGAAACUAG